AUGGCAUCCCGAAAUGAUGCACCUGUUAAGAAAAUAUUUAAUGUUUCUGAUUUGGUUAAGGGAACAAAGUAUAUCACUAUUGAAGUCUGGAUAAUACGAGUUUAUGAGAAGCCAAACUUUAUGAACAAUCUCGAAGCUGGUAGCAUUGAAAUGAUUUUGAUGGAUGUACAUGGUACAAAAAUACAUGCCAGUAUUCGAAGGAACCUAAUUGUUGCUUUUUGGCCUAAGAUCGAGGAAGGAGGAUUUAGACAAAUUUCAAAUUUUUUGCUACGUGAUAAUGGUGGAUACGAGCUAACUACGCAACAUAAGUUUACCAUAUCAAUGAAUUAUGGAUCGUCUAUAUUGGAUCGCAAUCCUUUGGAUAUCCCACUAUAUGGUUUUGAAUUUGUUCCAUUUGGUGAUAUUUUGGCCAAAAAAGGUUCUGAUGUUUAUCUCAUUGAUAUAAUUGGGCAAUUGAUUGCGUAUGGUGAACUAACCAAGACCGCUAAAUCGAAAUGCAUGACUAUUGAACUGGUCGAUACAAAGUAUGUGGUGUUUGUGUUCAAAAUUCUCGAUAUGCUUAAUUCAAGAUUGUUCAUUAACAGACAAUUACCUGAAAUUAUUGCUUUUAAAGAUAGCAUGUGUUACAAAACUCAACAAAUAUUUGGCCAACUAACUCAACUGACGAAUAAGAGUGAUGACUUUUUGAAAGAAGAAUAUGUAAAAGAUAUUUUCGACAUUGUGGAGAUGAAAAAGGCUUGUGUAUGUGUAUGCCUAGCCACAAUAGAGGACACAGAUGUUGGGUAUAGUUGGUAUUAUGAUGGAUGCAACAGGUGUAUGAGUGGAGUGGUUAGGGAAGAUGAUGUCAUCCGGUGUAGAAAGGAAAAUAUUAUCUUAUGUAGUAUAACACCAAGGUUCAAGAUAAAAUUAAUUGUUGCUGAUAAAUUUGGAGAUGCUUCUUUUAUGAUGUUUGAUAAAGAGGUGUCAAAAUUGGUUGGUACAACAGCAAAAGAAAUGGUUGCCUCUCAAAAUCAGAUAGGAAACAAUGAGUUUCCUGAAGAAUUCAAAGGUUUAUUGGGGAAAAGAUUUUUGUUUAAGGUCAGUGUGCCAUAUAAUAAUGACGUUGAUCAAAAUUAUUCCUACACUGUGAAUUCUACAUCCGAUGAACCUGAAUUAAUUAACAAGUGGAUCGAACCACUUGUUAAACAAAACUUUAUUGUUGUGAAAAAAGAGAGUGAGGCAAAAAGUGUUCAAGAUUGUGAAGAGAACAGGGUAAUAAUUGUGUCUUUAAACUAA